UCUAAGUUAGCUCUUUAUAAACUUUCUCCAAUAGAAAGAGAGAGAAAAACCUACUUUUCUCCCAGAUUCCGCCGGAUGGCCUCUCACGUUGCCUCUGCUAUGGCAGUCACUCGACCAGGACCAAAAAGAAAACUCUGUUGCUGGUCCGAGCUUCCUCUAGAUAUCAUGCGAUUGAUCUUCGAGCGCCUUGGAUUUGCUGAUUUUGAACGAGCUAAAUCAGUUUGUUCAUCUUGGCAAACUGGUUCGGGAAAAUCUACGCCAAACAAUAAGAUCCCUUGGAUGAUUAUUUUCCCCGAGGAAAAGAAUUACUGUCUCUUGUUCAAUCCUGAAGAUACAGAAGGAAAGCUCUACAAAACCCAACAUCUUGGCGACGACUUUGCAAAGAGUUCUUGUCUGGCGACUUGUAGAAGCUGGCUUUUGAUGGAGUAUUGUCAUGAAAAUCCUCUUUACAUUUUAAAUCUCUUAACCCGAGAGAGGAUCAAUCUACUACCUAUAACAUCGGAUCAACGACUUGACUCUCCGAUAUUAUGGAUAGACGAUAAAACCAAAGAAUACCUUGUUAUAGGAGAAACUCUAGUUUAUUUCAAGAAAGGUGAUAAAUCGUGGAAACAAAUCCCGGAACAGUUGUCAGGUAUCCGAGACAUGGUAUUCAAAGAUUGCAAGCUCUAUUGUCUCACCAAUGAUGAACUCCAAAUUUUCGACUUUUCUGGUGAAUUUCCGCUACAAGCUUCCAAAGUUAGCGUAGGAGGGGGAUGCGUAAAACUAGCAAAAAAAGGCGGCCGGAUGAGAUUGCCUCGAAUUCCAUGGCAUGUCCAAGCGGUUCGCAGGAGGAAGAAUGUGGUAGUCACUGUACGAGGAGAUGUCUUAAUUGUUAAGAGCGAAAGUCCUUUUAUGUCCGAAACAUGGAACUUUAAAAUCUAUUCAUCAAAGGGGUUAGAGGAAAUUGUUUCUUUGGGAGAUGAGGCAAUUAUUUUGGAUUUGGGUAUUACAGUGCUGGCUAAGGACCAGGAAGGCGUCACUAGUAACUCCAUUUACUUCACUGGUGAUCAGAUAAAUUUGGACGACACUGAAAUCUUUGUAUUAAAUCUCGAUACGAAGAAGGUUGAAAAACUACCUCAACUUGUUUCUUCAUCUCUUUCAUUCUCUACAGUUCGUUGGUUCUUACCAAGUUUCAUGAAUGUUUGAUCCAUAUCUACCCUUCGUUGUUGUUUUGAAUUUAAGCUUUAACCAUGUACUACAUGCGAUAAGCUGCGGGAGGUUUAUAUAAAUUUUAUAUUUUAUUUUGUUAAUAUUAUGUUUAAUUCAGAUAAUAUAAUUCUACUACUCCAGAUAGUAUAUCUGUAUUUGCUUAAGCUUUUUGAA